AUUAAAAUUGUAAUAUUAUUUGUUUUGUUUUAUCUUCAUAAUCUGACUUUUAAUUUACAUUGAGUUUCUAAACAACGCAAAUAAUCACUUCAAAACCCCAACCCGACCAAUCACCGGAUUACCCGACCCGACCCGAAACACGCCUGAGACGAAACACACAAUACCACGCUCAAUUUCCGGCAAGAACAUCGCAGCUGAGGAGAGAAACCGGGUCGGGUCCUCAGCAUUGUGUUUGAGCAAGAAGAUGGUCAACGUGCAGGUUUAUUUGCAAGCUGGUACAGACGCAGUACAUAUUGUGACAUUCAUCAGGGCUCCAUGACAUUCGUGGUUAAAGUUGAAGUUCCAUGCUCACAGGAGAUGAAUCAGAUGAUGUAUCUCCUGGGCUGAAGAGAGGGCUUACUUAAACACAUCAAGAGAAAUGUCAAAUACUUGACCGGCAGAUGUGAUCCCUCCUUGUAUUGAGGUGGGUCUCAGUGAACUGGAUGUGGGGCAAAAACUAGUAAUGGGGGAGCUUGAAGUCCAUCCCGCUUUAAAACUUGUUUAGUCGAAGGAUGAAGCUGUUGUCAAGAUCGUGGGAGCAAGUGUUUCGGAUCAACAAAAGAACGAUAAAGCUUCAGAAAUUAAAAAAAAUAGAAUAGAACAUAUGAUGCUUAUUUCAUUUUUUGGCCCAGCCUAUUUCGCCAGGAUUAAUGCUAAUGGAAGUGAUAAUGGUCAAAUUGGAGAACAGAUUUGCCAUCUAUGUUAUCCGGACUCUUCAUUUUGCCUCGAAGCACCCGUGUUGGACACUCGACACAUGGACAUGGAUAUUUGAACUCGGACACUUAUUUUAGGUAAAAACAUGUAUAUUCUUCAAAAUAUUACCGAGUCAACACAUGGACACUUAUCCAUGUCAGACACUUCUAGCCGAGUCCAACUAACAUAGGUUGUCAUCACCUUUAUUUUUUCGAGCGCAAAGUUUGUGCAUUGCAACAUUAGAACAUCCAUGUGAACAUACUGAGCAAUUUGACAGGGCUAUGGUUCUCCUUCUCCCAUAUUUUCUGUUGCACCAAAAUGCCUAAGCUAGACAAAACUAACAGGCCUAUGAUUCUCCCUAAUUUAACAGGGCUAUAAUUCCCCCAUAUUUGCUCCAACACCAGAACUUAGCAACAAAGACAGGUCUACACAAUUUUCAUCAUACUGUAUGUUUCCUAAGAUAGAUUAGUAUCUGUAUAAUGAACCACAAUGUUUGAUGUCGAGUUCUCAGAGGUUUGCAAGCCAUUGUGAAAAUAACAUCUUCAGAAAUCACAACCAUUCCUUCGACCAACGUCCCGAUGCCAUAACUAAAGUUUAUGUUUUGCUAGUUUUGAGAACUAAUGUCUUGGAACCCAGCCCUUCAGAGCUUUUGACAGCUUCCGAACUCAACCAGCUCGAAGCAGCCUACUUUUCGAGCUCUUAGCAUUUAGGCCUUAUGAGCUUACAUGUGUAAUUCCCAGAAUCCUCAGCCUAUCUAACCACACAUAUAACAAGAGCAUCUGUACAGGUUCUUUGUCCUCAAGAACCUUUAGAUUAUUGGUUCACACAAAACACACCCUUAAAACUUGUAUUAAAUUUAAACAAAUUAGAAUACAUGUUCAUACAAACAUAAAAUUAAUUCAAACUAAGAAAUAUUUAUAUGUAGAGAAAAAAAAAAUCAUACAUGUAGGUGAGAUAAUGAAUAGAAAUAAUACUGUCAUGUUAAUAUUUACUUUAAGGGUCUGGGUCCCUGAUAUACGUGUGUUAGUAGCUGACAUAUGUAUGGUAGUAGCAUAUGUUCAGCGAAAAAAAAGUGCCGGACAACUUAACCCUAAGUUUGUUAGGUAUACACACGAGAUGUUACUAUAUCAUUCAGCGAAAAAUUGUUUGAUCUCAGAAUUUUUCACGUCGUGACGUUUUUUUCCCACAGGACGAAUGCUAGUAACAUUCGUAUGCUCUGAACCAGUUGCCUUACUUUAAUGGUACACAAAUAUAAAUCUUAAGUUUAAGAUAAUUUUAAUUCAGUAAUCUGGAUUAACAUGAUUUAUUACCACAUUUGGACAUGUAGGUAUGAUGAUGGAUAUAGAAAUAAUACUCUAUCAUGUUGAUAUCUAGUUUAGUGGCACACAGAUAGAACUCUGAAGUUUAAGAUAAUUUUUACUAACAUAACUUUAUAACCAUACUGUAGAUUCAUAAUAACGUGAACCUUUUUUUUUUUCUGGUUUGAUCUCAACAACCAUACUAUAAAUAGUCUGCAUUCUACCUGCAAAUUCUGUACCUGUGACCAAACAAUAUCCCAACAAUGCAAGCUUUCACAGCUUUUCUGGUACUCUUUUCUCUCUUAACUCGAGCAUUUUCUGUCCCUCUGUCAACCAAAUCGAGAUGGAUUAUAGACGAUGUUGGUGGCCAGAGGGUGAAGCUCGUCGGUGGCAACUGGGCUGGCCAUGUUGGCCCCAUGUUGCCAGAAGGACUCGACAAGAGGCCGUUGAGUGAAAUUGCAGGACACAUAGCUCUGAUGGGAUUCAAUUCUGUACGUCUCACGUAUUCUACGUACAUGUUCACUCAGUAUUCUCAUCUUACUGUCCUGCAAUCUCUGCGUAAUUUAAGCCUUCAUGAUGCCAUUGAUGGAAUGACCAAGUAUAAUCCUCAACUGUUGAAACUCACACUUCCUAGAGCUCAAGAAGCUGUUAUUAAUCAGCUUGCUUCUCAUGGCAUUAUGAUUGUUCUUGAUAAUCAAGUUAGCAAACCAAUAUGGUGCUGCGGUGAUGAUGAUGGGAACGGUUUUUGGGGUGAUGAGUAUUUUGAUCCGAAAGAUUGGUUGCGUUCACUGCAUAUAGUUGCUCAUCGUUACAAAAACAAUCCUAUGGUAGUAGCAAUGAGUUUGCGGAAUGAGAUACGUGGAAAACGCCAGAAUGCUAAGGAUUGGCGCAAAUAUGUCCGCAAGGGUGCAAAACAAAUCCACAAGUCUAAUCCCAAUGUGCUAAUUCUUGUUGGUGGUUUAUCCUACGCUCUUGAUUUGACGCCAUUGAAGACUAAAGCUCUAAACAUUAAGGCAACCAGCAAGCUGAGAAACAAGAUUGUUUAUGAAUCACAUCGAUAUGCUUUCACAAUGGGACAAUCUAAUAACUACUUGCGAAAACCACUAAAUCAAUUUUGUGAUAGUGUUAUUGCAGAUAUGGAGAAUCGAACCACAUUUGUGACGAGAGGGCCAAAUGCAGCUCCAUUGUAUAUAAGUGAAUUCGGUGUUAAUAUGCUGGGCAAUCAGACUUAUGAUAAUGUUUUCCUGGGUUGCUUUUUAGCCUAUUUGGCGAAGCACGAUUUAGAUUGGAAUAUGUGGGCUUUACAGGGAAGCUACUAUCUAAGAGACGAAGGACAAGGCGUAGAGGAGCAGUAUGGAAUGUUUACUACUAACUGGACACAGAUUAGAAACCCGGAUGUUCAUGCUAAGAUUCUAUCCGUACAACAGAUGAUCAGAGAUCCGAAAUCUCAUGCACCAAGAUACUUGAGAAUGUACCAUCCGAUGACUGGUCGAUGUCUUAGUGUGAACGACAAUAGUACUCAAAUUCACGCGACAGAUUGUCAUAAAUUUAGCAAGUGGAGUUAUAACAAUUUAGUGAUUCAAUUAAAUGGAACUCCAUAUUGUUUAGCAUCUUCUGGGGAGGAUUCGCCACUUUCUCUAACGACAGACUGUGAUAGCAAACGAAGUACUUGGAAAGCUGUAUCGAGCUAUCAACUCGCAGACAGUGAUAAUCUAUGCAUGCACUACGAUCCUUCGUAUUCUCCAUAUGUUUUGGCAAGAAAGUGCAUCUGUGCAGGUUCAGGUAACCGUUCUUCUUGUGUUGAAAAUCCUCAGAGCCAGUGGUUUCAGCGCGUUUUGUCCAAUGUAUAGUAAAGGCACGCUGGAUCUUGAAUUCUGUUCUGAAUUCGAACAACAAAUUAACCAAAUAUAUUAGAAAUUAGGUACUAUGUAGGUAAAUAGGAAAGUACCUAAUAUGUUGAAGUUUGGUGUGUUCAUGUAGAAGGCAUGCACAUGUUUUCAUUUCAAAUUAAAUGUGAGAUUUUAGCUUGGCUCUCGA